ACACCGAUCACUACUAAUCCGGACCGAACCGAUCCGGAUUAAGGGGCCGGAGGCGGGUCCUGGGCACCAGCGGUUCCGACCCCCCCUCCCCCGCCCUCCGCGCCGCACCCGAGUGGCCCCCAGCCGAGCGGGCCCCCACCUCCCCGGCCGGCCUGGGCCCUUCUGCGCCUCCCUUGGCCUUUGUCCGGCGCCAGGAGGCCCGGUCCCGCGCCCCCCGCGGCCGCCCGGGCCCGGGCCCGCGUCAGGCGCCUGGCUCUGUACGCGAGCCCGGGGAUCUGCGGCCUCCGCGGCCCCCCUCCCCCGCCCGCCCUCUCGUGGAGCCCGGCGCCGGCGGCGGCUGCCCGGGCGGGGGGUUGCGGCGCUCAGGAGAGGCCCCGGCUCCACCCCGGGCCUGCCCAGGGGGAGAGCAGAGCGGUCCGCAGCCGGGUCGGGUCGGGGCCCCUCCCGGGAGGAGCGUGGAGCGGCGGCGGCGGCGGCGGCAGAAAUGAUGGAAGAAUUGCAUAGCCUGGACCCAAGAAGGCAGGAAUUAUUAGAGGCCAGGUUUACUGGAGUUGGAGUUAGUAAGGGGCCACUCAAUAGUGAGUCUUCCAACCAGAGCUUGUGCAGUGUGGGGUCCUUGAGUGAUAAAGAAGUAGAGACUCCUGAGAAAAAGCAGAAUGACCAACGAAAUCGGAAAAGAAAAGCUGAACCAUAUGAAACUAGCCAAGGGAAAGGCACUCCUAGGGGACAUAAAAUUAGUGAUUACUUUGAGUUUGCUGGGGGAAGCGGGCCAGGAACCAGCCCUGGCAGAAGUGUUCCACCAGUUGCACGAUCCUCACCGCAACAUUCCUUAUCCAAUCCCUUACCGCGGCGAGUAGAGCAGCCCCUCUAUGGCUUAGACGGCAAUGCUGCAAAGGAGGCCUCGGAGGAGCAGUCUGCCCUGCCAACGCUCAUGUCAGUGAUGCUAGCAAAACCUCGGCUGGACACGGAGCAGCUAGCACAAAGGGGAGCUGGCCUCUGCUUUACUUUUGUCUCCGCUCAGCAAAACAGUCCUUCUUCUACAGGAUCGGGCAACACAGAGCAUUCCUGCAGCUCACAAAAGCAGAUCUCCAUCCAGCACAGACAGACCCAGUCUGACCUCACAAUAGAAAAAAUAUCUGCACUAGAAAACAGUAAGAAUUCUGACUUAGAGAAGAAAGAGGGAAGAAUAGAUGAUUUAUUAAGAGCUAACUGUGAUUUGAGACGGCAGAUUGAUGAACAACAAAAGAUGCUAGAGAAAUACAAGGAGCGGCUAAAUAGAUGUGUCACAAUGAGCAAGAAACUCCUUAUAGAAAAGUCAAAACAAGAGAAGAUGGCUUGUAGAGAUAAGAGCAUGCAGGACCGCUUGAGAUUGGGUCACUUCACUACCGUCCGACAUGGGGCCUCCUUUACUGAACAAUGGACAGAUGGUUAUGCUUUCCAGAACCUUAUCAAGCAACAGGAAAGGAUAAAUUCACAGAGGGAAGAGAUAGAAAGACAACGGAAAAUGUUAGCAAAGCGGAAACCUCCUGCCAUGGGUCAGGCCCCUCCAGCAACCAAUGAGCAGAAACAGCGGAAAAAUAAGACCAAUGGAGCUGAAAAUGAAACGUUAACUUUAGCAGAAUACCAUGAACAAGAAGAAAUCUUCAAACUCAGAUUAGGUCAUCUUAAAAAAGAGGAAGCAGAAAUCCAGGCUGAACUGGAAAGACUAGAAAGAGUUAGAAAUCUACAUAUCAGGGAACUAAAAAGGAUACAUAAUGAAGAUAAUUCACAAUUUAAAGAUCAUCCGACGCUAAAUGACAGAUAUUUAUUGUUACAUCUUUUGGGUAGAGGAGGUUUCAGUGAAGUUUACAAGGCAUUUGACCUAACAGAGCAAAGAUACGUAGCUGUGAAAAUUCACCAGUUAAAUAAAAACUGGAGAGAUGAGAAAAAGGAGAAUUACCACAAGCAUGCAUGUAGGGAAUACCGGAUUCACAAAGAACUGGAUCAUCCCAGAAUAGUUAAGCUGUAUGAUUACUUUUCACUGGACACUGACUCGUUUUGUACAGUAUUAGAAUACUGUGAGGGAAAUGAUCUGGACUUCUACCUGAAACAGCACAAAUUAAUGUCGGAGAAAGAGGCCCGAUCCAUUAUCAUGCAGAUUGUGAAUGCUUUAAAGUACUUAAAUGAAAUAAAACCUCCCAUCAUACACUAUGACCUCAAACCAGGUAAUAUUCUGUUAGUAAAUGGUACAGCGUGUGGAGAGAUAAAAAUUACAGAUUUUGGUCUUUCCAAGAUCAUGGAUGAUGAUAGCUACAAUUCAGUGGAUGGCAUGGAGCUAACGUCACAAGGUGCUGGUACUUAUUGGUAUUUACCACCAGAAUGUUUUGUGGUUGGGAAAGAGCCACCAAAGAUCUCAAAUAAAGUAGAUGUCUGGUCAGUGGGUGUGAUCUUCUAUCAGUGUCUUUAUGGAAGGAAGCCUUUUGGCCAUAACCAGUCUCAGCAAGACAUUCUACAAGAGAAUACUAUCCUUAAAGCUACUGAAGUACAGUUCCCGCCAAAGCCAGUAGUAACACCUGAAGCAAAAGCAUUUAUCCGGCGAUGCUUGGCUUACCGAAAGGAGGACCGCAUUGAUGUCCAGCAGCUGGCCUGUGACCCCUACUUGCUGCCUCACAUCCGGAAAUCGGUCUCCACAAGUAGCCCUGCUGGAGCUGCUAUUGCAUCAACCUCUGGGACGUCCAAUAACAGUUCUUCAAACUGAGACCGACUCCAAGGCCACAAACUGUUAACACAAAGUGGACAAAUGGCAUUCAGCAGUGGGUUUGGAACAUAGCGAAUCCGAAUGGAUCUCAUGAAACCUGUACCAGGUGCUUUUAUUUUCUUGCUUUUUUUUCCCAUCCAUAGAGCAUGACAGCAUCGAUUCUCAUUGAGGAGAAACCUUGGGCAGCUCUGGCCAGGCCUCAUAGGAAAAGGCCCCGCCCGAGGUCCCAGCGUCAACGGCCACUGUGCGUGGCUGCUCUGAGUGAGGAAAAAAUUAAAAAGAAAAACUGGUUCCAUGUACUGUGAACUUGAAAACAUGCAGACUCAGGGGGGUCCCUGAUGCAUUGCUUCAGAUGAAGAAUGUGGACUUGAAAAUACAGACUGGGCUAGUCCAGUGUCUAUAUUUAAACUUGUUCUUUUCUUUUAAUAAAGUUUAGGUAACAUCUCCUGAGAAGCUUGUAGCACAAAGGCUCGGCUGGGGAUGGUAUUUGACUUCGGAGGAAAAAAGUUGCUAUUGCCCGUUAAAGGCACUAGAGUUAGUGUUUUAUCCCGAAAUAAUUUCCAUUUUUAAAAACAUGCAGCUUCCCUCCCCCCUUUUUUUAUUUUUGAAAGAAUACAUUUGGUUAUAAAGUGAAACCCGUAUUAGCAAGUACGUGGCAAUGUUCAUUCCAAUCAAAUGCAGCUUUCUCCUCCGUCUGGUCUCCUGCUUGAAUUGCCUCCCUCAUUUCAAGAGGGAGAAACAGAGUGGGAGGACGGAGAUGCGUGGUUUGCCAUUGGACAAAGAAUGAGGUUAGAAGACUGCAGCUUGGAGUCUCUGGGUUUUCAAAUAUUUCUUCACAAUUUGAACACUUGACGGUUGUCCCUUUUAAUUUAUUUGAAGUGCUAUUUUUUUAAAUAAAGGUUCAUCUGUCCAUCA